AUGGCACUCAGAUCGCUUGCAAACGAAUUCAUAACCAAAUUUCGAGACAAAAUUUACAAAAUGACUGUCAAACGGAACAUACAACUUGCUGCUCGUACCACUUUCUUGGAAUUUGCUAACGAAUUAUUCAGCGAUGGAAUUACUUGGUAUAAAAUCGUGAAAUUAUUUGCGUUUACUACUGAAAUGGCUUUCAUUUGCUACAGAAUAAAUAAGACAGAAAUGAACGACAACAUAGCAGAAUCGUUGAGCUCCUAUAUUGAAAUUAAAUUACUAACAUGGAUACGCAAUAGUGAUGAUUGGAACGGUCUGGUGGCUUAUUUUGAAAACAGACACAAUAACGUAUAA